AUGGAUCUAAGAGUUAUCGGACUUGUUGACUCUGGUAUACUACACGGAGAACAUGUAGACUCCUAUGUUGCGGAAGUGAAUUCUUACCUUCAGAAACAAAUGAUUGAUGUGUCGGAAAGGAAUAUGUCUUUGACCGUGGAGACCUUGGCGGUAAAUGACACCGUUGAUGCUCUGGAUGAUUUGCUUCUCCGGAUAGAGAAUACGUCGAAUAUUUUGGCAAUAUUCUCUGACCUGGGGGAUGGUUCGUCAUUGAAAGACAAAUUGUCGGAUCACCUAUCCAAGGAAGGAAUUCCUCUCCUGGAAAUGUACCCGGAUGUACAACGUAUUACAAAGUACCCUACUUUAGUGUCUGUGACGAUGCUAGUUAAUGACGUCACGUCCACCAUGGUACGGCUUUUGACCUAUCUACGUUGGAGUUACGUGCAGGCCGUUUUCCAGGAUACCUCUUACUUCUCGAAUGUCCUAGAACACGUGAAAACAGAGGCUGGACAUUCAAACAUAUGUAUACUCAAGUCAUUCGUCAUCAGUCAUGACGUCACGACAACAAAGAUUUUGGACACUAUACAGUUUCUGGAAAGAGAAUACAACACCAGUGGCGUCCUGUUGCUGAUGGACAACGUGCUGACUAAACGAUUCAUUGAAACCGUGAAGAAACAUGGCAGUUCGACGCUCUUCCAUUUCAUCACCAUUGGUAGCUUAGAUGACACUAGCGUAUCUCCGCCGCUAGGCACCUUGGCGAUCAGCAGAGAAUGGACUCACACUAAAGUACCAGGAUAUGUGAGAAAUGGCACUUUGGAAAGUACUUCGUUAAAGAAGACUAUUCAGGUUUUACUGCAUGGAGUGGACGCGGCGAUGUCUGAUAUUUCUCGCUGCCUGACAGGAAAUACUAGCGUUAUUCCAAUGAACUGUAUUCGAAUGUCUCUGCUAGACGUAUUGCGGGAGGAUAUGGGCAAUAUAUCUGUAUACAGCUAUCAAGGAAAUAUCAGCACAAUGGCGUGGAUCAAAACCAUGACAGCUGCAAACGACGAGUUAAAGGUUAUAUCUCAUAUCAUUUUCUACGACAAAGACACCACUCCUUUUGAUAACCAUGUCGUUUCGACCAGUCAGCCAUAUCGCUGGGAAUGUCGACGUAAAAAUAGGGUUGAUGGUCUGCACGUGUCCGGACAUGCAGAUGUGUACCUGCUUGCUGUCUUCCCAAUGCACGAGCGUGCUAAUACACCAAAUGGAUGUGGUGACCUUGACCCAGAUCAGGUCGUUCUAGCAGAAGCAGCUGUCUACGGCAUUGACGUCAUUAACAAUGAUAUGGCUAUUCUUCCUGGUCUGUCUCUAGGAUACGUCAUGAUAGACAGUUGCUCGUUACCUGCCCGUACAAUAUUCCAACUAGAACAGGUAUACAGUGGUAAUGCUUGGAACGGAAUCAAUUUUCAUGCCAUGUCUCAAAUAUUUGGAGCAGUUGGUUUCACACGUCAUGAUGAAUAUACACCUUUGGCCGGUUAUCUCCAUAGUAAAGAUCUACUUACUAUCAGCGCGACAGCGAUCGAUUCUGAUUUAAGUAACAAAGAAGUCUAUCCAGAUUUUAUGAGAAUGGUACCAGAUCAACGGGAAGAAAUAAGCGUCAUGUUUCAGGUACUUAAGGCAUUUGGCGUGGAACACAUUGGCAUUGUGUACACAGAGGUCCUCCUUAAUGAUGCUAGCUCUGUUGUUGUAAUGGACACAGCCGCCUCUUUCGAUAUAUCAGUUGUCUAUGGGAUGCGCAUAACGGAGGACAUCAGUCAGAUUGAUUCCUCAAUGGAUUACUUAGUAGAUGAAUUCAUAGCAAGAAAUCUAAACUCAACAAGAGUGUUGGUUACAUUCGCAGAAGCUGAGGUGUUAUUGCCGUUGUUUCGAGCGAUGGAGAGACGAAAUGUCGAAAAUGUCAUGUGGAUCGGCGACAACUCAUGGUUUAUGACUUUACACGACGAUGAUCUGUUAUCAUACUCUAAUUUGUUACAACAGGCAUUCGUGGUAGGCAUACCUACAUACCCAGUUCCUUCAUUCAAUGAACAUCUGACACGGAUGCAGAAAAACAACUUUACGUCCGACACGUACACAGACGAACUUUUCAAACUCAUAGACAAAUGUAGCAACUACACUAAGGAUGAAGUGACUUAUAAUAUUUGUGAUAGGAUACAUUCUGAUAUAUUUAGCCACAACGAUGCUUAUUUAGUAAUUGAUUCAGUUGAAGCACUGGCAAGGAGUCUGGAUGAGGUGAUUCAUCAAACAUGCCCUUUAGGAGAUUUCUGUCAAGACGCUAGGAAUAAUUUAGCAAAUCGGCUUCAGGAAAAUAUUUUCCAAAACGAGUUUCUUGGUUCAAUUGGGAAGAACAUUCGUUUUGACAGCAAAGGAAAUGGUCCAGCAUCAUUCGGAAUUUAUCAAGUUAUCUUUGAUCAGGAGCUAAAAAUCAACAAAUACCAGAAGGUUGGUUCCUUUGAAGACGGGUCACUCAGCGUGACUAGGGAUCUUUCCAUUUCGCCGAUUAUGAAAAUAUCAGAUUGUGAUUCUAAUCCAUGCGCACAUGUGCCGCCCGAGAUAUUUGGUAGACCGUACAUCUAUAUGGACGGUGAUCCAAUGUUAUACGGUUUUGUUAAAUUGUACAAGUACAAGGGUGACGACUGUUCAGACGAAGUGAACAGCAAUGGAUAUCAAGCAAUGAAAACAAUGAUAUGGGGAGUAACUGCAAUCAAUAACAGUACCGCUUUACUACCCAAUGUGACACUUGGUCUAGCAGUUUUUCCUACUUGUGGUAUCCCCACAAAGACGAAAAAUAUUGUACAAAGCGCCCUAAAGCCAAAUUUAGUUCUGUCAUCAAGAGGCCUACCUCCAAAUGCCACUAUUCUUGGUAUCGUCGGAGGUGAAAAUAUUGGGGAUGCUAUUUCUAUGGAAACUGCAACACGAACAAUAGAUGAAGAUAUUCCAGUUAUUAUCUCCUCUCGUGCCGAUAUUGACGACAAUCGAGAACACCCACGCUUGUUCAUGACAAUGCCUUCUCCAUUUGAGGAAAUGGACUAUAUUGUUGAACUAUGUUUGCAACUAAAAUGGACUUAUAUCCAUGUCAUAUCCGAUCCGUUCAUGGACAGUGUAUUGAAGUACUUUGCAGAUUUAUCCGAAGUAAAUGGCAUAUGUAUAGCUAGUAGAAAUGUUUUAGACAUUUCUGCUUCAACCGAGAUUACACGUUCUACCUUAAUCAACAUGACAGAGAUAGAGGGCGCCACUGCAGUAAUAUUACUUGCAUCUUCAAACACCAUCAAACGCGUUCUAACGGUAUCGCGCGAGUUAAACCUAUCAGGACGCCUGUUCUUCGUUCUUCCUUUCGAAAUAUAUAACUUGGAGCACCAUCUGUCUGAAAAUGACAUAGGUGUGCUUUCCACCCGACAGGAUAUUCAAAUAAAUGAACAGUUCAUGAACUACUUUUUAGGCCUUAACAUCAAGGACAAAGCUAAUGAUCCCUGGUUUGCAGAUUUCUGGCAGCAAGCGAACGGCUGUAAUUUGCAUUUUUCUACAACCUAUGAUGUAGACUGCUCGUAUUCAGAAAGCCUGUUAACAAGUAAUGUGCAUGCCAGCCCGUCUACCAACGGGAUCUUGGAUUCUGUCUUCGCCUUAGGCCAUGCACUUCACGGUCUACUAGAAGAUUGCAAGACGAAUAUUCAAGAUUGCACCAAAGAAAAUCGGACAAAAUUCUACAAUAAUAUAAACCGUCAUCUCAUUGCAGUUAACUUUACCUCGCCUGGAGGAACACCAUUUAAAUUCAGGGAUAAAACUACCGUCUUCAAAGCUUUGAUAGUGACAAACGUCCAAAAGAGUCCUGAAGGAGGAAUCCGUUUAGUGGAUGUCGGUACCUUUGUAAACAAAAAGUUGACUCUCGAUAUGAGGAAGUUGAGUUUCUAUAGAAACGGUGUACGUGUCAAACCAGAUUCCAUAUGCCAAGGCGAUUGCAGGGAUUGCAUGGAUCCUUAUUUUGUGAAUGAGUAUGACGCCCGCGUGACAUCAUUGCGAUCAGCUGGUCCUAUUCUUCAGCACAAAAUCUUCACUGCACUUGGCGUUAUAGAUAUUAUCUUGGUCUUGAUUUCUUUUAUGUUUAUUGGAAUAGCGACUAACAUUUUGUGUAAGUUUUACACACAUAAAGUAUUUAGCCUCUGUGCGGAUGCUGAUACUGGAAUUUUGUUGGGCUGUGUUCUCAUGUCCUGUUCUAGCUUCAGCUACCUGUUCACUCAGACCUACCUGAUGUGUACUAUACAACUCGGUGCCCCAGCUCUCUCGUAUGUUAUUUGCAUCGCAUCAUUCAUAGUGAAAAUCAACAAGACCGUCUGUUUACGUUCCUACCUUGGCCUACAUAAAAGCAAAGUACCGCGUUGGGAUUUCGCUAUGACGUAUAUACCGUUUUUGUUGGUUCCCACAAUUAUUGCAUUUAACAAUUGGCUGCAGAAUGAAGUCGUCAAGAUCAAUUCGACUGUCCCGGGUAUUCGGGAAAUAUUGAAUAUUGAUGACGUAACCAUCACCUGGAGUUGUAGUUUUGAUAGGGGACUUUAUUCUGUGUAUAUGACAACAUUUUGGUUCGUGACUAUAGAAGUCUUUAUUGUCACUCUUUCGUACAAACUUCGAUCUAAAAAGGAGCCGGAAGUUAAACAAGUUAUGUGGUCUUCUACAAUUAGCCUCCUUUUCAUCGCUGGGUCUACGGUAGUACUAAUGCUGACUGGUGACGUAGAAAUUUACGGCAUAUUGAUGUGCUGUAUUCUCAACUUCAGUUCAAUGGUUUUUGUUUGUGCUAAUUUCCUCCCUGUAGUUCUUAUAUUGAUGACAGAGGAACAGCAGGAACAUGACUUUUUAAACCUGAUGACAAAGGAUAGAGUGAACCGCAUGGUACAGUUUUGGCGAGAUCGAAAAUCGGUGAAAGUAGAAAUCACAGAUGAUUGCAAAAAAGGUUAUGCAAAGUCGUUAUGGAAUCAUGGAUUAGAGAUUAGUCGGAACAGGUCAACAGCCAUGGCUGAGGAAGAGGUCUGAGAUAAAUUUCCCGGUGCAACCCGUCGGUGAUCUGUGGGAGUAUGUAAACCCGUUGUCGUGUGCAGCGACGGCACCUAUCUUCCUUCUACACAAACCAGUUAUAUACACAUCUUCCAGCCAGAAUAAUGGUAUUCUCAGCGAUGCAUGGUAAAGUUUAGAAACAAUAUCACUGGAAAUGACGUAAGCUGUUCCGCUCGUAUAUGGAGGGUAGACUGCUUCCUUGAACAUAUGUUGUGGAGUGUACCACUUUGAGGCGGGGUUUUGGAUAGGACGAGCGCCAUGAUUUACAAACCCUAUCACACUAUUGGUUAAAUGUUUAUGCUUCAAUACACCGAUAAGAUACGGAACAUUUAUGAACACAUCGUCAUCAGCUUUUAAAACAUAUUUUACCCGACUGCAAUAUGUCAUAGUCCAUUUUAGUAUCGCCACUGAUUUCAAUGAUAAAUUUCUGUAGGAAUCGACGAAAUCUUCCUGUACAAUAUCAUCGAAUUCUGUGUUUUCCUUGUUGAUUUUUAAUUGAAUUGUUUCAUUGUUAAUCUUGCCUAAAAGAAAUAUAAGUCUUACUUCCUGAUUGUGUUUGGCUAUCGAUCCCCAAGUGUUUCUUAUAACUUCCCUAUGUUUAAAGUUAGCCGGGGCAACACAUACGGUAAUCAAU